AUGGGCAAGUUCUACGACGCGAUCCCGCCGAACCUCGUCAAGUGGAUCGACGCCCAGCAGAUGUUCUGGGUCGCGUCCGCGCCGCUGCGCGGGGACGGACACGUGAACGUCUCGCCGAAGGGCCUCCGCGGCACGUUCCACGUCGAGCACGCGAACAGGGUGUGGUACGAGGACUUCACGGGGAGCGGGAGCGAGACGAUGGCGCACCUGCGCGAGCCGGGCAACGGGCGCAUCACGAUCAUGCUCUGCGCGUUCGACGGCGCGCCGCGGAUCAUGCGGCUCUGGGGGCGAGGCACGGUGUACGAGUUCGGCACGCCCGAGUACGAGGCGCUCCUCCCGCUCGAGACGCGCCGCCCGGGCUCGCGCUCGGCGGUCGUGGUCGACGUGCACAAGGUCGGCACGUCGUGCGGCUUCGCGGUGCCUCUGUACACGUUCAAGGCGCACAGACCGAUGCUGCUCGACUUCGGCGCGAAGCUUGAGGAGAAUGAACUGAAGGCCGCAGCGGGCACGGAGGAGAAGGCUGGGGGAGUGGGCCUGAAGGCGUACUGGGUGAAGGAGAACCUGCAGAGCCUUGACGGGCUGCCCGCGAUGCGGGCAGCGCACCUGUCGGAGGUAAUGCCGCGGCACAUACCUGCGAACGGGGAGUGGGGGAAGGGGGCGCGCGACGGUGGGGUCGAUGCAGACGGAUCGGAAGUGGCAUCGGUGCGUAAGAAUACGAACGAAGAGAUGGUGAGGCUCGUGUUGGCCUUCUCGAUGGGCAUUGCUGUUGCGGCGGUGUACGUUAAAGUGUCGGGGAUGGCAUAG